AUGCUUAUUCUGCUAGUAUUCUACGUGCUUCUCUUCCCGGCCAGGGUUUUAGCAACUUGCUAUAAUCCAGAUGGUUCAGUUCAAGAUGGCGAAUCUUACAAGCCUUGCAUCGCGAUCGACGGCUCCAAGACCAUGUGUUGUGCCCUGAACCGGACCAACCCGUCAGGAGGGUUAUUAAGUGAUGGUUGGACUGCUGACAUCUGCCUUGGGAACGGUCUCUGUCAGAAUAUUGUGAAUGGCACUGGUGAUGAUGGCGAAAGUUGGUCGCUGGGGAGCACAUACUGGCGCGAUCAGUGUUGGACAUCGGAUUGGAACAGUAGUGGGAAUUGCCUGAACUAUUGUAUGGGUGAAGAGACAUCGCACAUGACACCCUGCGACGGAACCAAGAACUCAUCAACCUGGUGCUGUGGAGAUGAUAACACAGCUUGCUGUGGCACAUCCAGUGCAAUCACUAUCUCCCAGUACUUCGGUGACUAUGAUCCGUCUUCAACUCGCCAAGAGUCCACUUCCAGGUCCUCGUCUGGUAUGUCUACAGGAACAAAAGCUGCGAUUGGGUUGGGAGUAGCUCUUGGGGUGACUCUUGUUGCGUCUGCAUGUGCGAUCUUCUUGCUUUGGCGACAGAGAAACCAACUGAGAAUGCAGAGCAUGAAUCCUCAGCCAGGAUAUCAUCGCAAUGUUGCAAAGCCUCAGGAGUUGAUGGAGUCGAGUGGAGUCAGCGGAGUCUUCUCCCAAGAGAUGCCAAAUCGAGAUGUACUUGAGUUGCCAGCGACUGGCGCUAAGUGA